AUGCAGCUUGCUCCGGUCAACAUCCUUGAUGUCCCUCCAGAGGUCUUGUACGACAUCCUAGCGGACCCGAUCGGCGAAUUCUUCCAUCAGUGGUUCACCCAGACCGACUGUACAUCCAGUUGGGACGCUCUCUCAAAUAUCAGCCGAGUGAAUUGCCUGUUCUCGGAAGUAGCCUCGCGCGUCCUCCAGCACGCACUCGGAGCGAUACGCGAAGCGGAUGGAAAGUGGAACCCCCAUCCUCGAAUGGUUCUGCGCGACGUACGCCGAUAUGUGGAACUACUGCGCCUCGACUCCCAUACCCACCCCUCACCGUUAGCACUGACUAUACCAAAGACACCCUUCCUACGCGCGUAUAUAGGUACAUUAGCCUUCUCCGAUAUCCUCGUUCGCAUCCGACGCCUGUCUACGAAACUGGAGGUGCAUGGUCUGGACGGUGCUUGCCGACAAUUAGCCGUGAUAGCGAGCAAUUGCACUCAGGCGGCUCAAGAGGUAAGGCCCGCUGUCCUGCGGCAGCGAAUCCUCUGUGCUGCCGUAGCAAACUAUGAACAGACGUUAAUGCUGAGAUUACUCUUAGACGGGUGGCAAACGAUCAACUCCGUCCUGCUUAGGUACGAUUCUCGGUGCCGGAAAGCAACCCCUAUGAGCGAAAUCGAGCUCCAGUCCUUCGAACUUGACCUGGCACAUGCAUUGGUCAUGCUCAGAAGUCACGAUAUAAGUUUCGCAUGUCAUUACGCCAAAAUGGUGGAGAACACGACCCUGCGCUCCAGUUCGCCUGAAGAGCAAUUACAUCGGAUUGCACAUGCACAAGCCGUGGCAGCAGAAGCCGUCAAGAUGGUUAGCAACCUUGUUCGCGACCUACGGUGUAUAUGGUCGAUGAGCUUUCACGUAGACUCCGCCAUUCCGGACAUCGUGGAAAGUCUCCUCUGGCGACUGGACCCGGACCAUCCAAUCCAUUAUCCUCACUUCACAACGGCGCAGGCACUCGAUGGGUGGCUGUAG